AUCACGUUCAUUUCACUGCUGCACUACAGCUCCACCAGUAGACUACAACUCCCAUGGUGCCAUGGCGUAAACCAGGACGUACUGCAUCAUGUGCUUGGUUUGUCACAAGUGACGUACAGCCGAGAUCAGGACAGCAUGGCGAGUAAAGAUCCCGGAAAUUUUUUGCAGCAGCUGAGGCAGAUUGCUGGCAGGAUGGGGUCUGGCCCUCGAGGGGCUGGGCUGGGCUUGAAGCUGCUUAUCGGAGCUGGAGCCCUUGCCUACGGGGUCAAAGAAGCCACAUACACAGUGGAGGGUGGCCAGAGAGCCAUUAUCUUCAACAGAAUUGGAGGGAUGCAGAUGGAUACUGUGCUUGCAGAAGGAUUGCACUUCAGGAUACCGUGGUUCCAGUACCCCAUCAUUUAUGAUAUUCGAGCCAGGCCAAGGAAGAUUUCAUCCCUCACUGGAAGCAAAGAUCUUCAGAUGGUGAACAUAGGUCUUCGUGUGCUCUCUCGGCCCAGUGCCUCCAGCUUGCCAGUCAUGUACCAGCAGUUGGGGAAAGACUAUGACGAGCGUGUGCUUCCUUCCAUCGUCAACGAGGUGCUCAAGAGUGUGGUGGCCAAGUUCAAUGCCUCUCAACUGAUCACACAGAGAGCCCAGGUGUCACUACUCAUAAGGAGAGAUCUAUUCGAGAGAGCUAAGGACUUUAACAUCAUCCUGGAUGACGUGGCCAUAACAGAGCUCAGCUUCAGCAAAGAGUACACCGCUGCUGUGGAGGCCAAACAAGUUGCCCAGCAGGAGGCCCAGAGGGCUCAGUUCUAUGUAGAGAAGGCCAAACAGGACCAGAGACAGAAAAUUAUCCAGGCUGAGGGUGAAGCUGAGGCUGCUAAACUGUUGGGUAAAGCGGUUACGAAGAACCCUGGAUACCUAAAACUUAGACGCAUCAGAGCAGCCCAAAAUAUCGCCAAAACGGUGGCAACUUCUCAGAACAAGGUGUACCUGAGUGCAGACAGCCUUGUUUUGAACCUCCAGGACAACUACUUUGACAAGCUGUCACUGGGGAAAUGAGAAGCAUCAUCCAUGAAGAACAUAUGCAUUCCAUAUGUAAGCAGUGUUUGCUGAGCGACUAUAUUUAUGUCCUCUUCCUAAACAUGACUAUGAGCAGAGCCUCUCUCACUGUAUUGUUCUGCUCGGGCUCAGAUAACACAAGGGUCUGGCAACCUUAGAUUCACUCAUACAUAAAUAUCCAUUUAUACACAGUUGUUCAUCAUUCAGCAGGUCUUUUGGACUGUUUUCUGGUAAAUUAAGCUCAAGAAUUGAAAUUUUGACAUCAGGUGGUUUUAGUUACUAAUGGUGAUUAGAAAAAAUAUACAUGACAAACAAUAAAUGGUCACUUAUUCAUUUAUUCAUAAAGGUCACAAUGAAGACUCAAAAAUAAGUUGCUGAUCAGGGCCAAUCAGUUAAAUAGUUGCCCCAGGUUUAUUAUUAUUAUACCCAUUUACCAUCUGUACAUUUCAUACUGUUGGAUUUUACUUUAUAAAGCGUUUGUUGACUGAUAGACUUGCAGCAAUUUUGAUUAAAUAAUGUGUUUUCAGGACUAUUUGUGGGGGAUAUUUAUUUCUUUGGAAAUAUUGACUAUUACAACAGAAUUGUUAUAUAUUAAAAAUUAUAUCAGCAUAA